AUGCAGGCGCCUUCUGCAGCCGGCAGUGUUUCUUCCAAUAACGUUUCAAGUCACCCUGGAAACAGUUCAAACCUUUGGAUUAAUAAGCUUAAAAUUGUUGGAAGUGGACAGAACUGGGCAGUUGCACCAUGCGAACCAUUUUAUUUAAUGAGCUCGGAAAACCUGACAACAGAUAAUCCUCUUACUGGUGCAAAAAAUCUUAUAGAACACUAUGGCUUGGAAAGCGCUUAUCAGAAAUUCUGUGGAAAAAAGCUCAGAGAUAAUUUAAGUGCUUUUCUUCCACAUUUGCCUGGGAAUGUUGAUGUACCCGCCUCCGAAGACGGUAGCAGCCUUAUGGGCCUUAUUGAGCGUCCUCCCAUUCGCGGUAAGGAGCUGCGACUAUUCGCCCCUUCGCAGCUGGACCAUGGAUUCCGACUACAUCCAGGCCCUUUGCCUCAAGAAUAUGCCGUCCUUUUUGCUGGGCCACCUGCGGUAGUGCCCCCAUCCCACCCUACCUCUGGUGGUAGCGGAGGCAAUAGUGCCGCUGCAUGUGCCACCACUGUCUCUUCCUCUAUCCCUGUUAGCUCCGGUGGACGAGAUUCGUUUGGUAUCGGCCGCCUUCCUUCGCACCCUGCGCAUGCGCCCACCACUGCGACUAUAGUGGGUCCUCAUGCUCAUGGUCACUUGCUGCAGAAUCAGCAUCAUCAUCACCACCACCAACCGCAUGUAGUCGGUCCAUCAGGGCCUGCAUCCUCUUCACCUUCACCAGCUAAUGUGGGGCAGCCGCAACGACGUAGAAGACAUGAUGUCCAUCGCGGGCUUGUUCAGAUGCCUUCGAUUCCCCCGGGCACAACAGCAGGUCCUGCUGCCGGGGCGGCCACAUCGUCGGGAAUCACCUCUGCUGGCGGCUCUACACUCUCAGCGACUGCGUCUUCUGUUGCCGUCGCUGGUUCUACAUCUGGGGCCGGCGGACUCGCUAGUGCAGGCCAACACGAUCUUCCGCCUGGGCUCUUGCCUGUCACUAAUUUGCCCGCCGGUGGUGGCAUCGGUGGAGUUUCUUCCCAUGGUGGAGUUAUGAUGAUGAUGAAUGGCGCUUCAACAGGUUCUCUUGGGCUCCAACAGGCACAGACUACUUCAUCCUCCCAAGCGCCGCCGCCACCUCCACCAGUUCUUACUUCUCUAGCCCAACCUGGCGGAGGCAGUGGCCCACCUUGUCUGGGUCCCGGGGCUAGCAGCAAAACUUCUAUCAAUAUCCCUAGGGUUCCUAGUUUUUCUGGGACAGGUUCCGGUCUUGGGGCUGGUAUCUCGGCUCCUUUGCCGCCACAGCUGCACAGCCUUGCACUAACUCCUAAUACUGCAGGAUUAACUGGAGGGAGCCUCGGGAUUACUAACCUUGCAGCAACCUCAGGUAAUAUGGGAUCAAGCGGGCUUAUAGCGCCUAUUUUAAGCAGCAGUCUGGCUGCAGAAGAUGAAAAACGCCGCAAAAAGCGCAAAGAUAAGAAGAAACGGAGAGAAAAGGAUUAA